AUGAAGCCUGGGCGGGCUUCGAGUUCAUGGGUGCCCGUCACGAAGCCCAGGAGCGAUCACGCCGCUCGGUGGUUCGGCGCCGAGGUCGUCCGGUCGCCCUGGUGGCUUUCCUUUAUCAUUCUGCUAUGUCUGGUCUCCUUCUUCGCGGAGGCGAUCGCCAUCGCCGCGGGUCGCGGCGUGCUCAAGUCGGAGGCUGCCACUGCCAUGCUCGCCGCCCUGCCGAGCGCCGUGUGGGUCGUGCUCUGCGCCGACACGGCCGCGAACUUCCACGUGUCCCGGACGCAGCGUGAACUCCGAGCACCGUUCGUGCACGCCAUGGAGCUCCUGCCGCUCCUGGCCAUCCCCGUGGCGACGGCGCUCACGUUCGCGUCCCUGCGGGACAGCGCGCUGGUGGACACCGACGAGGCCCUCUCCUCGGGCGAGUUCGAGCACGCCCGGAAGUCUUUCGUCCAGGUCUUCGUCGUCGUCACGCAAGUGCUCGAGCCGCUGGUGCUCCUCAAGGCCCUGGCGGCCGUCUGGAGGCUCCGCACGUGGCACGACCUCGCCGGGGGGGAGGCGCAGCAGACCCGGGCGCGGUACGCGCACCGAAUCCGGGAGCUCAUGGUGGUCGUGUCCGCGCUCUCCCUCCUGCUCUUCCUGGGCGUCUCGUGGGGGUACUCGCAGUUCUCCGUGUCGGUCGAGGGCCACGAGAUCGGCGGGCUCGUGCACCACCUGUCGGACGUGGCCGACGACGAGGCGGCGCUGCGGCACUACGCGGAGAGCCUGGGGCCGCACAUGAACCAGUGGGUGGUGCUGCGCGCGUACAUCGGCGACACCGCGAUCGACCUCGUCCCGCGCGACGCGUGGCCCGACUCGGUGGUCAGCGUCAGCGCCGCGGACCACAUGGGAGGUGGCGGGCACCACGGCGCGGCGGGCGGCGACAGGGGCCUCACGCUGGACAGCGCGCACUUCGUGCGGGAGCUGGCCCGCUGGUCGAGCGCGCGGAAGGCGCUCAUGGUCGCGUUCGUCGCCACCUGGUCGGUCGCGUUUGCGUACCUGACGGACGUCCUGGUCCUGGGCCCUCUGUGCGCCCUGCUGGCCAACCUGGCGGGCUUGAGCGGCCGGCUGGACGAGAAGGGCCUGGUGAAGAUGGCGAGCCACGUCGAGGGCGACGAGGGGGCCGAGGACGGCGACGGGGGCGGCCUGACGCUGCAGGAGGUGUUGCGGCGCGUGGGCGAGACAGUGCAGCUCGUGAUGCGCGCGAGCCGGCGCGGGCAGCUGGUCCUGGACCGGAUGGCGCGGGAGGCGGCGGCAGACGGCGGGGUGACGGGCGAGGGCGUGCGCGACUGGGCGCUGAUGUACAUGCCCGCGCCCGCGGCGGGGCUGGCGGCGGCGCGCUCCAUGGGGCAGCAGAGCGCGUACGGCGCGUCCUCGGGCGGGGCAGUGACGAUGCACGGCGAGGCGAAGCGGCACACCGUCAGCGGGUACACGAAGCGGUACUCCCUGGCCAUGUCGGAGCACCAGCCGUCCUCGGGGGAGCUGGACGACAUCCAGUCGCACGCCCUGGGGACGUACGAGUGGAACGCGCUGGAGGUGCCGUUCGAGUCGCUCGAGCGCGCGGUGCUGGCGAUGUUCCGGGGCGUGGGCGCGGUGAACGACGGCUCGCGGAGCACGGCGUCGAUGCCGCAGCCCGUGACGGUGCUCAACCUGGUGGCGCGGCUGUCGUCGCUGUACGACCAGGCGAACCCGUACCACAACUGGUACCACGCGUGCGAGGUCGCGCACGCCUGCUACCGCAUGCUGAAGGAGGCGGAUGCCGCCGCGGGGCCGGGGCAGCCGGGGUGGUCGCGCCUCGAGCGGCUGUGCCUGAUGGUGGCGGCGAUCGCGCACGACGUGGGGCACACGGGCGCGAGCAACGACUUUCUGAUCAAGACGCAGCACAGCCUGGCCAUCCGGUACAACGACGCGAGCCCGCAGGAGCAGUCGCACGUCGCGCUGCUGUACGAGAUCAUGCUCGCGCACCCCGACUGCAACGUCUUCGCGCAGCUCCGCCGCGACGCCCAGGCGAGUGCGCGCCGCACCGUCAUCGCGUGCAUCAAGGCCUCGGACAUGAAGGUCCACUUCGACCUCAUCGCGACGCUCGAGGAGAUCAAGGAGGCCGUCGGCGCGGGGCGGACGUACGGCAUCCUGCCCGCGAGCCCGCAGCACCGCGAGGCGCUCCUCGGGGCGAUGCUGCACGCCAGCGACAUCUCGCACCUCCUCCUCCCGCGGCGCACCAUGUUCCAGUGGUCGUUCCGCGUCGUGCAGGAGUUCUUCGCGCAGGGCGACGCCGAGCGGCAGCUCGAGCUCGGGCCCACGAUCGCGACGAUGGACCGGGCGGCCGAGUACGUGCCCGUCGGGCAGCUCGGCUUCAUGGACGCGGUGCUGCGGCCCUUCAUGUGCGCGCUCGUGUCGGUGGCGCCGUGGCACGCGCCGCUGCUCCCACGCUUCCGCGAAACGUACCGGGAGUGGCUCGGGCUCGUCGCGUACCACCAGGAGCAGGUGGUCAGGGAGGCGGGCCAGGGGCACAAGGUCCCGCGGCCGCCGCUGGGCCCGACGACGUCGAUGCGCGACUGCGUGGCCUCGUCGAUGUCGGUGCCGCCGAAGCUGCUCGCGCUGGCGCGCGCGGUCUCCGUGCACAGCGAGACGGUGAUGGCGCACCCGUCGACCGAAGACGUGGACGACGAGCACCUGCUGUCGACGGAGGCGCUGGUGUUCAUGCCGCUGCACGCCUUGCCCUCGGCCGCCCUGGCGAUGGACACGGACGCGCUGCUGCGGACCAUGGACAAGCGCCUGACGCCCUACAUGCCUCAGCCGCAGAUCGAGGCGCAAUCGAGCCUCCUGGCGUGA